AUGCCUCAAGAAUCAUUGAUUUCGUUUCUACUCAUCGCUUCUAUUCUUGCCGCCGCCAUCCAUUCCUAUCACAUUCACGGCGACAGCGACAGCGACGACGAGUUGUGCGAUUGCGAUUAUGGUCCGCCGCUUCCGCCCGAAUACGUCACCGACGAGCCGCCGGCGAAAUGCCAACAAGACUGUCCGAUCGGUUUCACCAAAUUCAAACGGUCCAGCGGACGGAUUGUGUGUUUUCAGAUUGUGCGCGGAAAAAUGAAUUAUUGGCAGGCGGCGGAGAAGUGCAAAACGAUCACGAUCAACGGGAAAUUGAUGGGAAUCGAGAAUCAAAUCGAAUAUGAUUGGGCGAAAAACCUGUUUGGUAAUAAAUGGCAUUAUCUCGGAGCUCGCCGAAAGCCCGAAUGUCACGCGCCGAAAGAUGUGCUUCGACAAAUGCCGCAGUGUCAGGACGAUCAGAUGUUCUUUUUCACCGAUGGCGUCACAGUCGGCACGUUUUUGUGGAAUAAUCACUGGUAUUUCAAUAAUCCCGAUUCGCAUUGGCUAUUAAACGAAUUUGAAAGUGCGAUUUCAAUGUUUGCCGGCGGAGUUGGAGAUAUUAGCACAGGCCAGAUUCAUGACGGGGCGCUUUGCGGUGUCGCAAUUUGCUAA